AUGGCGUGGCAGAAUUUUUUUUUGUUAGAUGUUAAAAAUCGUUGGCAACAUUUGAAAACGGCGGCCGAAAUACGAAAAGCAGAACAAUUGAAAAAUGUUAUGGUUACGUUGAAAAACGAAGUUCUUAAUUGGGCCAGAGCAAUCGAGUCCAUGGAGAAAAAAGUAACUUCGCGAGGAGAACUGGAGUCCAUGAUAAUUAAAAUUGAGAACGAAUUGAAUUCGAGAAAGAAAUUUAAAAAUAAAAUUCUUCAAGCCAAUUUAUCCGUUCAUAGAUUUCUAUCGACGGCUAAACACGUUGAACCGGCUUUAAAAGAUGAAGUUACUGAGCUUUAUUGCGUUUGGGAACAAACGUUUAACAGAGUGACAAAUCAGCUUUUAAAUCUUCAAAGCUUGUCACAAGCCUGGAACGAUUUCGACGAUCAUUUUGCUCAAUUACAAUCCACGUUGAGAACGGACACGCUCAAAGUAAUUGAUUUUGCUAUACAAUGCGGUAAUUCUUCGGCGGAUUUCACGGGUUCGCUAAGAGACAUUGCUGGACUCUUGUCCGACGAAGAACCCGUCGUCAAUAAGAAUUCCGAAAUGAUGGCGGAAAAGAAAAUGAUUGGGGAUGGUAAAGAACAAUCUGGGAACGGGUUGUUGACGGCGCUCAGCACGGAAGGUUCACUCUCAGAUUCCGGAAUAUCAGAUUCGGGAUCGGAACAAGAGCUUAACGAACGUGAAAAAAGGUUGGCACAAUUGAAACGUUUGGCCAAACGUUUGGAAAGUAUUUUGGUUCCGAGUAGUCAAGCACUUUCGAACAUGUUCAACAGAAUUGAAAAAACUGAAAAUGGAUACAGGGAACUCCAGAAAACGUGCAGAGAUUUAUUGGUGAGAUCGUCAUCGAGCGAAGAAUUAAAACAAAUCGUGUCGAAAACAUCGAAUUUGGCCGCUUUGGACGGUUCCCUGGAAGAAUAUCCGAAAAUAAUUCAAAGCCUAUCGAAAUCAUCCCUUGGUAAAAAAGUCAAAGGAAAAGGAUUUAAAAAAUUAGAAGACACGAUAAAAGAAGAAACGGUGGAAGACGAUGAAAAAGGAAAAGAAGUGGAGGAGGAGGAAGAGGAAGAGGGGGAGGAAGGGGAGGGAAGCGUAAAACACGGUGGUAAAAAAUCAUGGAUAUGGAGAUUGAUACGAUGUGCUUUGCCAUUUCACAUAGCUCUCAUUGCUCUUUGGUGCGUUGCCUACCUCAUGGAGUCAAGAUGCUGCGACUCGUUAAAUAAUUUAGAAUCAUCUCUUAGCCCGGUUUUGAGAUACGAUUUCGGACCCCCACCGGUAUGA